AUGCGCCUCGAUCCCGAUACACCUCUUCAAGGACAUGGCCGACGGCUGCGCAAGCUUGCCCUGCCGACAAUGACGGAAAAUGAAGCCGCCGCCCGCAUCAGCUCAUAUACGAGCGGGAGCGCCGCCAGCACCGACAGCACUCGAUCUUCCAUAACUGCGAUACCCUCAACGCCGCCCAUUACCUCCAUGGGUGCGCGACGAGGGUCUAAUAUGCGCAUUAGCACCGACGAGGGAUCCCAUCGCCGAAGAACGUCCAAGGACGACGGCCAAGUGUCUCCUACUUCAACAGUUUCUCGAGGCAAUCUGCCACCGUCAUCGUCAUCGAAUCUUGCCUCCCAUGUCUCCGCCAAGGAUCGCCGAUUAAGUGAUCUCACCAACUACCGCCGUGACCUCGCCGUCCUCGAGCCGACUCGUUCGCAACCCCCGCCGUCAACCUCCUCCUCAUCGCAUCAACAACUACACCCGCAACAUCUGCCGCAGCACAGCCAUUCGGUGGGCAGCUUGGGCGCGAGCUCCCAGAUCGCCCCGUGGAUGUCGUCGAGCUUACCCGCUGGUGCAUCUCCCAAAGGCCUAUCUACGAGCUUCUACAAUGAUUCCAGCGACAGCCUGUCUAUGGCAUCGCAGUUCUCCCCCGGCCUGCCGUCCGCAACAGGCCGUCCAGGAACUGGUUCCGGGUCCGUCAGCCAGGAGUAUGCUGAUGCACUGUAUUAUAACUUGGACGGCAGGCGGCCAUCCGCAGCUAGUGUUGUCACAACGGCCAGCAGUCAAGGCUCCAAAACUAGUGCGAAUCGUGGUGGGUUCCGGAAGCUUCAGGGAUUUUUUGGUGAAGAAUUUCCUGGCCGGGAUAGCUCCGAGAGUAGCCUUCCCAUCUCGGUCCCCAGCAAGGACCAGCGUUCACGAUCUUACAGCCAUGGCCGUCCAACUCAGCGAGAUCGCAACUACUCCAAUGCCACAGACCGGGAAGCGUCACCUUCUUCAUCAAGGCCAAGAACUCCUGUGCCGAACCCAGAAGUUGUUCCUUUCCUUUACCAGGAUAAUACGGACAUCGCUCGGUACGGAGAAGCACCUGUUCGUGAUAUCCUGACUGGACCUGACCGGGAGCGUUACGAAAGCUCUGCCAGUCAGAACCCUCCUAAAUCUUCAUCUUCCGCCCGCUCCGGACCUGGUCAUCACCUGCAUGGCCACCAUCACCGACACAACAAAAGCAAUGACGACCCUAGGUCCCUGCGGCCCAUCGCAAGUAGAGAGGACUCACUCGGCGCCGUUCAACACGCCAGGGACCGAGGUCCCUCUGUCGGUAUGCUUAACCAACGAUCAAGAGCGCAGAGUCCAACUCCGAGUGCGAACAGCGGACCACCCGGCUCUAGGUCUGGCCCUCAUGGGGACGGAGCGACUUCACCAAUUCCUCAUGGAAAGCGAAGCAUCCUAGGACGUCUGCGACGACACAAGGAGAAAGAUGAUGGCCCAGCAAGGCUGCGGGACUUGCCCCAGUCAACCAGGUCAUUGCAGGCAAAACCUUCAAAAGCGGAUAUGCAACGGCCUGAUAUCUUUCCUGGCGGAUAUUACCCAGGCACACCCGAACAGAGUGACACCCCAGAUGCUCGUCUCGGGCCUCACGCGCAUCGUGCCGCCACCUUUAACAACAAGUUCCCCUUUUCCAAGAAGACUCGACCUCAUCGACCAUUCGACAUGACAGAUGAAGCUAUCGGCCCCACCGAUCACAAUGAUCCGGGUCACGUCUAUCACCUAGAUACUAAUCUGAAUGAUAUGGAAGGCAUUCUCACGAAGCCACCCCCAUUGACGCCAAUGGACUCGUCCUUUAUUGCUUCCAUCGAUGGUGAUAGAAGGGAGUCUACUGUUGAAGGCCCAAAGGGCCGGUGGGAUGCUCCUGACAGUUGGGCUGUACGCAGAAACACUGAGGACAACACUGAUGACGUGCCUGAAGUCGAUGAGAUUGGAAGCCCGCCACGACCAGACGAGAAACUGAACCCGUAUUUCAUCCGAAUAUUUCGAUCGGACGGAACAUUUUCAACCCACUCUAUGGCACUCGACUCCACUGUUACCGACGUUAUAUCACAGGUCAUUAAGAAGACCUAUGUGGUCGACGGCUUGGAGAAUUAUCACAUCAUCAUGAAGAAACACGAUCUUAUCCGGGUAUUGGCACCAAUUGAACGACCGUUACUUAUGCAGAAACGACUGUUGCAACAGGUUGGGUACGAAGAGAAGGAUAGAAUCGAGGAUUUGGGACGAGAGGACAAUGGCUACCUCUGCCGCUUCAUGUUCUUAUCUGCGCGGGAAAGCGAUUUCCAUGCCAAGACCACGGAUUUGGGCAUAUCCCGCUCGCAGAAGCUCAACUACGUCGAUCUCUCUGGGCGUAAUCUCGUCACCAUUCCUAUUUCUCUGUACUUGAAAGCUGCCGACAUCAUUUCAUUAAACCUAUCAAGAAACCUGUCUCUUGAUGUACCUCGGGACUUUAUACAAUCCUGCAAGCAACUUCGGGACAUCAAGUAUAACAACAACGAGGCUAGAAAGCUGCCGCUGAGUUUGGGGCGAGCUGGCAGGCUCACUUACUUGGAUGUGUCCAACAACAGGGUCGAGCAGUUGGAGCAUGCUGAAUUGAAUUCGCUGACCGGGUUACUCAAGAUGAACCUGGCGAACAACCGGCUGACACAUCUGCCACCCUAUUUUGGAGCCUACCAGGCUCUUCGCAGCUUGAACAUCUCGUCCAACUUUCUUGACAGCUUUCCUCCAUUCCUGUGCCAAUUACACAGUUUGGUUGAUCUGGAUUUGAGUUUCAACGCCAUUGCAAGCCUUCCGGAUGAGCUCGGGAACCUAAAGAAUCUGGAGAAGCUGCUGAUUACCAACAACAGAUUGGCAGACGAGGUUCCUGAGGGAUUCCGCCAAUUGCUGAGUCUGCGAGAACUAGAUAUCAAGUACAACUCCAUUACGAGCAUCGACAUUAUUUCAGAACUCCCUAAGCUGGAGAUUUUGACGGCAGCCCACAACCACAUAUCCUCAUUUGUCGGAAAGUUUGAAACCAUACGGCAGCUCAAACUCAAUUCGAACCCUCUCAACAAGUUUGAGAUUAUUGAACCUGUUCCAACUUUGAAAACCCUCAAUUUGUCACACGCCCAGCUCGCCAGCAUUGAUUCUGCCUUCUCAAACAUGAUCAAUCUCGAGACGCUGGUUUUGGACAAGAAUUACUUUGUUUCUUUGCCUCAGCAAAUAGGAACACUUAGCCGUCUGGAACAUUUUAGCAUUGCUAACAACUCCGUUGGUGAGCUACCGCCCCAAAUCGGCUGUCUCACUGAGCUACGAGUGCUGGAUGUGCGAGGGAACAAUAUCUCAAAGCUGCCCAUGGAGAUUUGGUGGGCCAACAAACUCGAGACCUUCAACGCAUCGUCAAACGUGCUCGACGCAUUUCCCAAACCCGCAUCGAGACCCCCACGCGUGCCUGGGGAAGAAACGGCUGGUCCGCCACCCGUGCAAAAUGGCAAACCUCUACCCGCCAAUCCAUUACCGUCAACUCCUAGCUCCGAGGAUCUCUCUGACGACCGACGCCCAAGCCAAUCCUCCAGCACUCUUCUCAGCGUCGGGCCAUCGCCCAUCUUGUCCGGAGCAGAUAGGAAAAGCUCUGUGGUGUCCGUCUACGGCAAGGGUGGGCGUAAGACGUCCGUCGUUUCCCGUGCUGCCUCCCAGGCCACCAACUCUACGACACCACCUCCUCCAGCCACUAGGAAGGAUUCUGGGCUUUCCUCAAGACUCACCAAUACAUUUGCAGGAUCACUUCGGAAUCUGUACAUUGCCGACAACCGGCUGGACGACGAUGUCUUUGACCAGAUCAUUUUGCUGUCCGAGCUACGUGUUUUGAACCUUUCAUACAAUGAUGAGAUUAGUGAUAUGCCCCAAAGAUCGAUCAAAAACUGGCCACAGCUCGUGGAGCUUCUUCUGCAAACCCUGUACAUCAACGGGAAUAAAUUUACGAAUCUUCCCGCGGAUAUCUCAAGAGCCAAGAAGCUGGCGGUGCUGGAUUGUGGCAACAACUAUCUCAAGUACAACAUUUCAAAUGUUCCCUACGAUUGGAAUUGGAACCUGAACCCGAACUUGCGCUACCUCAAUCUUUCUGGAAACAAGCGAUUAGAAAUCAAACAAACGGCAUGGGGAGGACCAGAUGGACCUGGCGCCGUGAACCGAGAGCAGUACACCGACUUUAGCAGGUUGCUGAACCUGAGAAUUCUAGGUCUCAUGGACGUUACCUUGACACAGCCCAGCAUCCCCGACCAAAGCGAGGACAGACGAGUUCGAACGUCUGGCUCACUAGCAGGACACCUCCCAUAUGGUAUGGCGGACACACUCGGCAAGAACGAACACUUGUCGACCGUUGACCUCGUGGUGCCAAGAUUCAAUUCCUCGGAGACAGAAAUGCUAUUGGGCUUAUUCGACGGCCAAGCUCUCUCGAGUGGCGGAUCCAAGAUUGCAAAGUACUUGCAUGAAAAUUUUGGACACAUCUUUGCCAUGGAACUGAAGGGCCUGAAGACCAGACCCGACGACACUCCCGCCGACGCACUUCGAAGAGCUUUCUUGGGCUUGAACAAGGACCUGGUCACGAUUGCCGUCCAGCACACUGAGGAAAGACCCAAAGCGACGCAUAGGGGCUCAGCGCAGCCGGUCGUACUCAGCAAGGAAGAUUUGAAUUCCGGUGGCGUGGCCACUGUCGCAUAUCUACGAGGCACAGAGCUCUACGUUGCCAAUGUUGGUGAUGUUCAGGCCAUGGUCAUCAAAACCGAUGGAAAGCACGAGAUCCUCACUCGAAAGCAUGACCCUGCCGAACCGUCAGAACGUUCAAGAAUCAGAGAAGCUGGAGGCUGGGUCUCUCGAAAUGGAAGGCUGAACGACUUGCUUCAGGUCUCUCGAGCUUUUGGCUACGUCGAUCUGAUGCCUGCAGUCCAAGCGGCACCACAUGUUAGCAAUAUGACCAUCAAGGAGCAUGACGAAAUUAUCCUGUUGGCCACUAGUGAGCUUUGGGAGUAUCUGGCCCCUGGUCUUAUUACCGAUAUUGCUCGAUCCGAGCGUCAAGAUCUCAUGAGGGCUGCUCAGAAGCUGCGUGAUUUGGCCAUGGCAUACGGCGCGUCGGGCAAGAUCAUGGUCAUGAUGAUUAGUGUUGCUGACCUCAAGCGGAGAGUGGAAAGAUCUCGUCUGCAUCGCGGAACUAGCAUGUCUCUGUAUCCCUCAGGAAUACCCGAUGAUACCCAAGUCUUGUCCACGAGACGAGGACGCAAAGCAAAGGGAGACGUGCUAGACUCGUCACUGAACAGGCUCGAAGCUGAGAUUCCGGCCCCAACAGGCAAUGUCUCCAUUGUAUUCACCGAUAUCAAGAACUCCACGACGCUUUGGGAAAUGUACCCUAGCGCAAUGAGAUCUGCCAUCAAGCUGCAUAACGAAGUUAUGCGACGACAACUACGACGGAUCGGAGGAUACGAAGUCAAGACUGAAGGUGAUGCAUUUAUGGUCUCGUUCCCCACGGCAACCUCUGCACUUCUCUGGUGCUUUGCAGUACAGAUGGAACUGCUGGAUGUGAGUUGGCCCUCGGAGGUCCUAAACUCAAUGUCCUGCCAACCCAUCUAUGAUAAGGACGGCGCAUUGAUUUUCAAGGGAUUGUCGGUGAGAAUGGGUAUUCAUUUCGGAGACUGUGUCAGCGAGACGGACCCUGUGACACGCCGCAUGGAUUACUUUGGACCCAUGGUCAACAAGGCAUCCAGAAUCUCAGCUGUGGCAGAUGGCGGCCAGAUUACCGUGUCGUCAGAUUUCAUAUCGGAGAUUCAGCGCUGCCUGGAAAAUUAUCAAGACACUGAACGAAACAGCUCGGCUGGGUCUGACGAAGCAUUCGAGGAUGAGUCUUUUGCUGCUGCCAUUCGGAAGGACCUCAGAUCUCUUACCUCUCAGGGUUUCGAAGUUAAGGAAAUGGGAGAGAAGAAGCUCAAGGGAUUGGAGAACCCCGAGGUCGUGUACUCAUUGUACCCUCACGCCUUGGCCGGAAGAAUAGAGCAACAUCAGCAGCAUGAGCGACGAGACGAAGGUCCCGACAAGCCUGCCAUUCUAGCUCCUGGAGGUGAGCUGUCAUUUGACCCCGAAAGCAUUUGGGCACUCUGGAGAGUCAGCUUGCGCCUGGAAAUGUUGUGCAGCACUCUUGAAGAGGUUCGUGGACCUGGCCUACAGCCUCCGGAGACGGAGCUUUUGGAGCGCAUGAAGUCCAGAGGAGGCGAAGUUACUGAACGCUUUUUGAUCAAUUUCAUGGAGCACCAAGUGAGCAGAAUUGAGACCUGUGUCUCAACCCUAACGAUGCGGCAUUUGGCCCUUGGGCAACCGGCUCUGAAGGAGCUUAACGAUCUUCGAGGGCCCAUGUCAUUGGUUCUUGACUUCUUUGUAAGGCAACAGCAAGAGCUUGCACGAUACAAAGAAAGGUACGGAGAAUUGCCACCUGAAGAUGGUGUUGGCGACAACCGCCAACAACGGCGGACCUUACCAAGCACUGAAGUGAUCGAGUAA